CAGGUUCCAGGUUCCAAUCAUCCACUUUGCACGACUUGUUUAUAAAACCCCGGAAACCAGGAGUCCAGGACCCAUUCGAUCGAUCACUGCGUAGUCCAACCCCAAUCCCGAACCACUCAACCACUAACGCCAGAUCGGUCGCGACACCCACCGCCCAUCGCCCAUGUCGAACGAUACCGGCGCCGACGGCGGCGCGGCGAACCCCGACCUGGGGCCGGACGCCGACGCGGCGGCCGGCGAGGGCCUUGAGCUGGCGCAGUUCGCGGCGGGGUGCUUCUGGAGCGUGGAGCUGACGUACCAGCGGCUCCCGGGCGUGGCGCGAACGGAGGUGGGCUUCUCGCAGGGGCACCACCACGAGCCGACCUACGACGACGUCUGCGGCCAAGGCACGGGACACGCCGAGGUGGUGCGCGUGCACUACGACCCCAAGGCCUGCCCCUACGGCGUCCUCCUCGACGUCUUCUGGGCGAAGCACAGGCCCACCACGCUCAUCAGACAGGGAGACGAAGCCGGGACGCAGUAUCGGUCGGGCAUAUACUACUACACGGCGGAGCAGGAGAGGGUGGCGCGGGAGUCGCUGGAGGCGAAGCAGGAGGAGUGGAAGGAGAAGAUCGUGACGGAGAUCCUCCCGGCGAGGAGGUUCUACCCCGCCGAGGAGUACCACCAGCGCUACCUCGAGAAGGGCGGCCAGUCCGCCCAGAAGGGCUGCACCGACCCCAUCCGCCGCUACGGCUAACGUACGCCGCCACCGUCGCCGCGGACCGUGCACGUGUGCUGGGAUGUGCAUGUUAAAUAACUAUAGUAUAUUGGUAUCGUCAAGGAACCUGCAGCACCCACGCUGCGGAAUACGCCAUAUGAUCGUACCAGACUAUGUUGCCAAGAAUAAAGCCUCCCUUUGGUCA